AGUUGCUGGAAACACUUUGUAACGAUCACAUCUCUCGUCUCUGUGAAUUUUUAACGCGCUCCUCAAGCAUUUUAAGUUCACAAGACACGGUACACUUUAUUCGCGUGGAGUGUUUAGUGGAUCGAUUUAAAAAAAAAAAAGUAUAAGAGAAAAUAAAUGGAUAAUUUUUCUUAAGUGCCUCAGAGGGUGUUAAAACUGUGACUAAGAAUUUACACUUCCGCCAAGCAAUUGUUGCCGGAUACAUAAGUGACUUUUUUCUCCUUUUCCUCUGACUAUUUCACAAGUUUGCACAAGAAAACUGAUGGGACAUACGACGGGAUAUAUUCCCAGUGAAAUUGUGCACUGGAGAAAAUUAUAGGAAAAAAUGUGAUUGUGAAAAAUAUAAGGAAAAUACAAUCUCAAUAACUUUUGAUCAGUGUGAUCACGGGACAUUUUCUUGGAUUCUCACAGCUGAGGGAAUCUCUUUGGAGACUUAACAACAUCAUGAUGAGAAUUCGACAUGCUGAAGACAGUUUGUACCGUUGCGUUCCUAAUUAUCACUCUAUCUUCCUGGGUGUGCAUAGAAGCAAAACCCACCUCAACAUCCAACGAUAAUAAAGAACAUCUCUGGAAAACACCAUGUGGAAAUCCGGAUAACUAUAAUGUCUCAUCUAUAUUGCAAGGAAAAGAACAAAAAAUUAAACUUUAUAAGUCGUUCCAUAGAGCAAUUAUUGGAUACGGUAAUAAGUUGAAUAAUACUGUUAAAAGAAUUGAAAUCGGUUACAACUUGAGCCAGUUCGGCAUCCUGGAAAAUCCCUUCCCAAAAUUCACCAACCGUUCGAUGAAAGCCAUACAUAGGGAUCUACAAAUUUACAUCGGCGUUUUCAACAGAUUGUAUGAAUUGCAGAAGGAUGAGAACCGAAUGGAAAAUGAAAAAAGUGACAUAUUGGAUCAACUGAAAGAAUUGCGGGAGAAAACCCGCGAGUUGUUGUGCUUUAUGGAAGAUAUGCUAAACGGCACAGACUCCAUGAGGAUAAGAGUAAAAUAUAUAAGUGAUUCAGUGAUGAAAAAGAAAGUAAACACCAUAGAGACUCAAUCUCUCCACAUGGAUAUUCAACGGGCUCUAACUAGUGUGAAGACUUUUGUGACAGAAUUAGAAAAAUUUAUUGAUAAGCGUAUUGGUGUAUUAGAAAGCCAUAAAAAGAAUAUAAACCCCACAAAAUGCAAGAAAAUGCGCAAGUGUUCGAAGAGAUUAAGGAUGAAAGAGAGGAUGAAGAAAAAUCAAGAGAAAAAACAUCGUCGUCAUCAUCGAGGAGCUCGCAUCCGUAGCUUGCAUAUAGGUAAAGCCUAAUCUUGUAGAUAACUUUUUGUUAAUAUUAAUUUCAAGUUAUUGUGCAUAAGGAGGGAAAUUUUAUUUUAAUCCAAAAUUAGACCUUUAAGUUUUAAAAAAUGUUUCUUCAGACACAACUCCUUUAUUCCUGAUUUUAUAUAACAUAUUAGUAUAUAAUUACUUUCAAUACUCAAGCGCACUUCAGAAUCACCCAAAAUCUAUAUAAAACAAAUCUGUCAUAAUCUUAUUACUAGUUAUAGAUAAUAUAUAUCCAAGUUUUAAAUGCGCGUAAAUUCCAAAUAAACUCGAUAGAAAUUUUGUGGAAGUCUAUGAUAAAAAAAAGUUGCAGACCAUUAACGUAAAAAAUUCAUAAGAUAAAAAUAACUUAACGAAGAAUAUAUUUGUUGCAGAGAUGCAUAUAUUAUGAGCAGCUUGAUAAAACCAUUAUAAUGUUAGUAGGAAAAUCCUAUGGAGUUGUCAGUUAGAUAUCAUAACGAAUCUAAAACCGAAUUUAAACUCUUGCUCGGCAUCGUAAAACUCCUAUAUACUAAAAAUUUUUCUCAUUGGUAUUAGAGUAUUUACGUAUUUUCGUAAAACAGUAUUGAACAUUAUAACAAGUCAAUUUCUAAAAACAAUUUACAAUUCGUUAAUUUUCUUUCACAAAAAAAAAAGAUUUUUCUAUAAUACAAAAUUCAAAUAAUUUUAAUUGGAAGAAUGAUGGAUAUUCAGAGAAUCACAGUAAUUUUUAUACUAUUUUCCCAUAUAUUUCACUUUAAUAGCUCUCCAUUGAUACUUCUUUGGAAUUUCAGUGUAAAAUCUUUGGUAAUUCCAGAUUUAUAACAAUUAUUUUGUAUGCUAUUUUUGUUGCAACAACUAUUGAUUCAUACUUCAACAGCAAUGUUGAAUGUAAUGAAAUUGAUCAUGUCAAGUUCAUUCCAAUUUCUAAGGGUAAAAUCUAUCAAAAUGUAAAUAAUAACAAAAAAAAAUAAUUUUGGUUAUUCUGGAAAGUGUGCUUAAAGGGUAUUGGCUUCAUUACUGCGUAAUGAUCAAUUGCAAAUUGUGUUUGUGAAUAAAAUCAGAGGCAAAAACUAAUGAUUAUAAGUAAAAAUCAAUAUUAAAAUGCAAAAAUAUUUCACUUGAAAUUUGCCACUAAGAUUUUUCUUAAUGCUCUGUGAUAUAAAUUAGAUAAAAAUUUAUAUUAUGUGCCAAAAAAUAUAUAUAAUUAUGUUCCUCUUGCCAAUUUAUAUUUAUAUAUAUAUAUAAAUAUAUAUACAGAGGAAUUUUUGACAUUAGACUUUUGUAGACAAUUACAUUAUACAUACAUAAAAAUUGUAAGGAAAAA